GCCAAUCAGGCCGCUCUCGUAGGCAGCCAACGCGAGGCUGAGCCGCGCCGAGCCCGCGCCGUGCCCUGCGCUCAGCUCCUGCCACACUGCCGCGAACAAUACAGAGUCAGGAUGGCUAAAGGUGACCCGAAGAAGCCCAAGGGCAAGAUGUCUGCCUACGCCUUCUUUGUGCAGACAUGCCGCGAGGAGCACAAGAAGAAGAACCCAGAGGUUCCUGUUAACUUUGCAGAGUUCUCUAAGAAGUGCUCAGAGAGGUGGAAGACCAUGUCAAGCAAGGAGAAGGCUAAAUUUGAUGAAAUGGCAAAGGCCGAUAAGGUACGAUACGAUAGAGAAAUGAAGGACUAUGGCCCAGCUAAGGGUGGCAAGAAGAAGAAGGACCCCAAUGCCCCAAAGCGACCACCGUCUGGCUUCUUCCUGUUCUGCUCAGAGUUCCGCCCCAAGAUCAAGUCCACAAACCCUGGCAUAUCCAUUGGGGAUGUAGCAAAGAAGCUUGGUGAAAUGUGGAACAACCUCAGCGAUGGUGAAAAGCAGCCUUAUAACAAUAAGGCCGCUAAGCUGAAGGAGAAGUAUGAGAAGGAUGUUGCAGACUACAAGUCUAAAGGAAAGUUUGAUGGCGCAAAGGGAGCGGCAACCAAAGCUGCUCGGAAAAAGGUAGAGGAAGAAGACGAAGAGGAGGAGGAGGAUGAAGAAGAGGAGGAUGAAGAUGAUGAUGACGAAUAAAACUGUACAAUACUUGUCUCCAUGUGAAUACCAUAGAGUAGGGGAAACACCGUAAAUGCAGCACCUCUUAUUUGAGAUGGUGUCUCUUGCCCUUAUUAGGCUUAAUUAAAAAAGAAAAAAUUUGGAUUCCGAUCGCGUUGUAGUUUCUAAAAGUGCUCUAGAAAUUGUAACUGGUUUACAUGAAGUGGCCAUGGGUGUAAUGAGCACCCUGAAACUGUAUCAAAGUUGUACAUAUUUCCAAACAUUUUUAAAAUGAAAAGGCCCUCUAGUGUUCUCCUAACUCUGUGCACUUUGCUGUUGGUGUAACAAAGCAUUUAAAAAUGUUUCAAGCAUUUUUUUAAUUUGUAAGGUGGUGUUACUAUAUGGUUAUUGGCUAGAAAAUCCUGGGUUAUAAACUGUACAUAUCUAUAGUUUGUAAAAACUAGACAGAUUCUUGUGGUACAUGCUUAGAGUUAUGAUGCCUUAGAGGAGCAGUGAUUACUGGAGAGGCCGUACGUUCCCCGGGGUGCCAUGGCCCGAAGCAUGCACUGUGAGGGUAGAUCUAUUUACACUACAGUGGGCGUCCAUUUAGCUUAAAGUUGUCUUUCUGUAUAUAGUGAAAUAGCAUUCUGCUGCCAUUCUUAGUUGUGGAAGGGGGUUCAGCUGGCAUGAGAAGUGUACGGAUUUUUUUAGUUAAGUGCGGUAGUUUUUAAACUGAAACUGUAGACAUCUCUUCAUCGCCAACUCAGUGAAGAGCCAGUGCAGCAACUGAAGUUCAAAAACACUCUGUACUUAAACAAAUUUGCAACGUUCUGUUUUUUUUUGUAUGUUUAGAAUGCUGAAAUGUUUUUGAAGCAAAAUAAACAGUAUUACAUUUUUAAAACUGU